AUGACCAUGGGCAAGGUAACACCACAGUACAAACACCUCUUUCAUGGAGAAUACGAGCGCUUCAUAUUGAAUCAGGUAAACGUGUGGAAAUUCUUUCUAUCCAAUCAGGUUAUCUUCUACGAGGACAAGAACUUCAUGGGCCGCUCCUACGAGUGCAGCAGCGACUGUUCCGACAUGCACUCUUACAUGAGCCGCUGCCACUCGUGCAGGGUGAUGGGCGGCUGCUGGAUGGUCUACGAUCAGCCCAACUACAUGGGAAACCAGUAUUUCAUGAGGAGGGGCGACUACGCCGACUACCACAGCAUGUGGGGCUGGAACACCAACAGCUGCAUCAGAUCCUGCCGCAUGAUCCCGAUGUGGAGAGGAUCGUACAGGAUGAAGAUCUAUGAGAGGGAGAACUUCAUGGGCCAGAUGAUGGAGAUGUCGGACGACUGCGACUCCUUCAUGGAUCGUCACCGCUGGUCUGACGGCUGCAUGUCCUGCAAUGUGAUGGACGGCCACUGGCUCAUGUACGAGUCUCCUCACUACAGAGGCAGGAUGUGGUACUUCAGGCCCGGAGAGUACAGGAGCUUCAGGGACUACGGGGGCAUGAGGUUCAUGAGCAUGAGGCGCAUCAUGGACUCCUGGUAUUAG